UGCAUAAAUGCUGUGAUUAGAAAAACUUAUAAUAUAAAUUAGGACUUAGAAUUUGAGUCAACAAUCUAGAAAAGAAAAGGGUGUUAGUUUCGGCUGUUGGUACUAUUCACAAUCACGUUUCUGAUUAGCUAAAAACUUGAAAAUAACAGAGCUUAAAAUCUUCUAAAAUCACAUAAAAUUAAAAGGAAUACUUGAUCUUUAAAGUACAGUAAGAACAGGUGGUUUCAAAGGAAUUUUGAGUCCAAUGAGUGCCUUCAAAGCGCAGUCCUCUAUUUUGUUCUAACACUGUGCUACAUUAACUAUAAAUAGGGCUCUAAGUUUAUGGUAUUUCCAUCACAACAAGCCUGCUUACAAGUAUUAACACUUUAACUUGCCUCGAAAGUACGAAAUGGCGGCUCAAGACACCAAAAACCUCUUCCUGUCAGCCUUAUUACUUCUCUCCAUUGCAGUUUUUAGCUGUCAGGCAGCACUCGAUACUCACUAUUACGAUCAAACAUGUCCACAGGCGGAGUAUAUUGUCGCACAGACAGUUCGUAAUGCCUCCAUAUAUGAUUCCAAAUCCCCUGCUCGCCUCCUUCGCAUGUUCUUCCAUGACUGCUUCAUCAGGGGAUGUGAUGCGUCAAUUUUAUUGGACUCGACUCCUGGGAACAAAGCUGAGAAGGAUGGUCCACCAAACAUCUCAGUCCGAUCAUUCUAUGUCAUUGACGAUGCAAAGACUAAGCUUGAGAAGGCAUGUCCACACACAGUUUCAUGUGCGGACGUAAUAGCUAUGGCUGCCAGAGAUGUUGUCACUAUGACUGGAGGACCUUACUGGAGUGUACUCAAAGGAAGAAAAGAUGGAAGAGUGUCAAAAGCCAGUGAUACUACAAAUCUUCCACCCCCAUUUCUGAAUGCGAAUCAACUAAUUCAGACCUUUGCUAAAAGAGGAUUAGGCAUUAAGGAUCUGGUCGCUCUAUCCGGUGCCCACACUCUUGGCUUCUCACACUGAUCUUCCUUUGUUGCUCGUGUCCAUAAUUUCAGCACAGUGCAUGAAACUGAUCCUAGCAUGAACUCCGAAUUUGCCAGCUUACUCAAGAACAAGUGUCCAAGAUCAAACAACAACGGAGAUGCAGGGCAGUUCCUAGAUUCAACUGCAUCACGAUUUGAUAAUAACUACUACAAACAGAUCAUCGCCAGAAAGGAUGUUUUUAAUACAGACCAAGUCAUGUAUGAUGACCAGAGGACUCGCCCAAUGAUUGAGGCAUUUGCCAAAGACCAAAACUUGUUCUUCAGAGAGUUUGCAGCCUCAAUGAUAAAGCUCGGAAAUGUGGGGGUUAAUGAAGAAGGAGAAGUGCGACUAAACUGCCGAAGAAUAAAUUGAGUGUUGAUAAAGGAUUCAUGUGUAUAUCAAAGGGAGAAACUUUGAAGAGAGAAAAGAAGCCAUUUCUUGUAUUGUAGAGAGAUGUAAUAAUGUGAGAGUUUUAUGUUUGUGUACUCUAUCAUAAUGCAAAUUUACUAUUUUCAUAUACUCGGGCAAAAUUAAUCAAGUUUAUCUGGAAAUAUCUUAAAGGAAAAACUACAAAAAAUAAAUUUGAAUGCACAAUACACAAGAAGCAGGAUCAUUCAGCAUCCAUCAACUAAGCCAUUUCCAUAGAAAGAAAACCAAUUAGCUUUACAAACUUACAUAUCCCAAGUUACACAGGCAGGCGGUCAAAAGCUCAAAUACACCAAUAUCUCCUCUCUACCCCGGGUCAUGAGUUGAAAACUAAUCAAAUGCAUGAACCCAUGCCCAAUGCCAACAAUACUUGCUGACUUGAUAUUGUGAAUGAACUCAUCUGCUCAAAUUUAUAUAGUAGCACCUAAUAUACUGUUCUUAGACCUUUAUCAUAAUGCACUAUAAUGACAUGGCUUGUUAAACAGAUUAUGCCUCAUUCUUACGGUGAAAAAGCAACAUCUCUGGUCAAGAGUUGACUGGAAUCCACUCCAAUAUUGCAGGGAAAGACUAAGCUCAUUCAACCCCCUUCUCUAAAACAAGAGGCUUUUAACGGUAUAAGGGCAAUUGUUAUUGGCUUAAAAUACUUUGUAAUAGGAUUGAUAACAUCCAAUUCUGCCUUCCCAUACAUUCUGAACUUAGACCUUUAUGAUAAUAUACCUUAAAUUUCAUCUACACCUUUUUGAGACAUAUCUAUAAUAGCAGUUCAUCAAUACAACCAUAUCAGCAAACCACCCAGCCAGAAUACGGCAGCAAGCAUGAGCUACAGCUCUACUUCCUCUUCCUCUUCUUUCCUUUCAGUUUGUAAUAAUACCUUCUAGGACUAAUUGUCAUGAUGAAUCAACCCUUUCAAAAAUUUCAACAUUUUUGUUCUCUCUUCAACAUCGAAUUUCAUAUGGGUUACCUUGAGACAUCACACUCUAGUAAUCUACUAUUUAAAUCACAAAUAUGUUGGGAAAAAUUACUUCUCACAAAUCAGAAAAUCCCAAAUUGGUACAUGUUUUUCUAAUGCUAUUGCUUGUUUCUAAGAAGCUAAAUUUCUAACGAUCAGAGAGCUUAAAGAUGAUAAGUUUUAUCACGACAGGAGGAAAUGCAACAAAGCCUCAUAUAUUGGGAAAGCUGUAAGGACUGAAUUGAAUUUUGGUUUCCAAGUUAGUAAGUACAAGAGGAAAAGGUAUAACAAGAAAAUCAUUUGGAUCUUCCAAUACAGGAUGCUUUGAGCUCAGA